GCCGGGGAGUCAGGGAAGGGGGCGCGCCUCCGCUCGGCGAUGCCGGUGCCCGCUCGUUUCCCAAGGCUUUGUUCCUUUGUUCUGGGCCGGGCUAGCUGAGGUGCGGGGCAGCCCGCCUUCUGGUGUGUCCCGCAACAGGACCUCCUGGCUACUCUGUAGGAGUCUAAGAUGCGACUGUAAGGCGUGAGUCGCGGACUGCAUCCUGUACCUUGUCGGCCACCCUCGGAGGGCAUAAGGCACCCACCCUGGAAGGGGAGCGGGACAUUCAAGCCCCAGACUGAAGCUGCCUGGGUAUCCACGUGUCUAAAUUCUAGCUUAACACGAAAAGCUCCCGAGAUGGCAGGCCUGUCCUUUGCAGACUCGGCCAGUCUCCACGAGGGACAUCCUCUACUCCCAUCAACUAGUUUACGGGACUCCAGGUUUCCAAACCUGAUAUGAUUUCCCAGCUAGAACAAGGGACAGAGCCAUGGAUUGAGGAGUCAUGCAUUCCUGUUGGUUCCAUGGAAGAACCUUGAAGUUGGGAGCAGGAGAGAUGGCUUAGGGGUUAAGAGAGCUUGAUGCUCUUCCAGACUACCCAAGUUCAGUUCCUAGUAGCUUCGUAAGGUAGCUUGCAACCACCUUAACCCCAGAUCCAAGGAAUCUGACACCUCUGGCCUCUAUGGACUCAGACUGGAAGAUAAGACCUGAAAAUAGUGUGUCACCCCUAGAACUUGACAUUUCUGAAGAAAAUCUGUCUUCAAAGGCAGUAAUAAACAAUUACAGAAGGGAUGAUUGCAGCUUCAGUGUCAUAGAAACGUGGAAAUCCGAUGGAAGUUUACAGAACCUUCUGGCAAACCAACAGACUCUGCCACAGGAAAUAAAAAUAACUGAGAAAACAGCCCCCAUUUGUGAGAACAGUCUCGGUGUGAGCUCAAGCCUUGUGACAGAAACAGAAGUAGUUCUAGAACAAACUUCCACGAAAACAAGAGCUAAGCAGAAUUCACUCCCCGUCAAAAGAGAGAAGCCGUGUAAGUGCAAUGAAUGUGGUAAAGCUUUUACUUAUUGUUCUGCUCUCAUUCGCCAUCAAAGAACACAUACUGGAGAAAAACCCUAUAAAUGUAAUGAAUGUAACAAAGCUUUCAGCCGAAGUGAAAACCUUAUAAAUCAUCAAAGAAUUCAUACAGGAGAUAAACCAUACAAGUGUGACCAAUGUGGAAAGGGUUUCAUUGAGGGUCCAUCUCUCACUCAACAUCAAAGAAUUCAUACUGGAGAAAAGCCCUACAAAUGUGAUGAAUGUGGGAAAGCCUUUAGUCAGAGGACCCAUCUUGUUCAGCAUCAGAGAAUUCACACUGGUGAGAAACCAUACACUUGUAAUGAGUGUGGAAAAUCCUUCAGCCAGAGAGGUCACUUUAUGGAACACCAGAAAAUUCAUACAGGAGAAAAACCUUUCAAAUGUGAAGAAUGUGAAAAAACCUUCACCAGGAGCACACACCUUACUCAACAUCAAAAAAUUCAUACUGGAGAGAAAACCUAUAAGUGUAAUGAGUGUGGCAAGGCCUUCAAUGGGCCUUCAACGUUUAUCCGGCACCAUAUGAUUCAUACUGGGGAAAAGCCUUAUGAAUGUAAUGAAUGUGGAAAAGCCUUCAGUCAGCACUCAAACCUGACUCAACAUCAAAAAACACACACUGGUGAGAAACCCUAUGAUUGUGCAGAGUGUGGAAAAUCCUUUAGUUAUUGGUCAUCCCUUGCUCAACAUCUGAAAAUUCAUACAGGAGAGAAGCCGUACAAAUGCAGUGAUUGUGGAAAGGCCUUCAGUUACUGCUCAUCCCUUACUCAGCAUCGGAGAAUUCACACUCGAGAGAAACCCUUUGAGUGCGGUGAAUGUGGGAAGGCUUUCAGUUAUCUGUCAAACCUUAAUCAGCAUCAGAAAACUCACACCCAGGAGAAAGCCUAUGAAUGUAAGGAAUGUGGGAAAGCCUUUAUUCGGAGUUCAUCUCUUGCUAAGCAUGAAAGAAUUCAUACUGGAGAGAAGCCUUAUCAGUGUCAUGAAUGUGGGAAAACCUUCAGCUAUGGCUCAUCACUUAUUCAGCAUAAGAAAAUCCAUACUGGUGAAAGACCUUACAAAUGUAAUGAAUGUGGGAGAGCCUUUAAUCAGAAAAUACACCUUACACAACACAAGAGAAUUCAUACAGGAGUAAAGCCAUAUUCAUGUCCCAAGUGUGGCAAGACCUUUCGACACUGUUCAUCUCUUGCACAACAUCAAAAAACACACACAGAAGAAAAACCCUACCAGUGUAACAAAUGUGAAAAAAACUUUAGCCAGAACUCCCAUCUGACUCAGCAUCAGCAAAUUCAUACAGGAGAGAAGCCCUAUAAGUGCAAUGAGUGUGACAAAUCCUUUACCCAGAGCAUGUACCUAACUGAACAUCAGAGUACUCACACUGGAGAAAAACCUUACAACUGUCAUGAAUGCCCAAAGACUUUCAGCCAGAGCACAUACCUCAUUCAGCAUCAGAAGAUUCAUUCAGGAGAGAAGCUUUUUGGGUGUGAUGACUGUGGAAAAGCCUUCAGGUAUCGCUCUGCUCUAACCAAACACCAGAGAGUGCACCCUGGCAUAGCUGCUCUAGGAACAUCAUAAGUGUAGCUGCUGUAUUCACUUUGGUUUUAUAGUGAUGAAUCAGAGCGGGGAGAGGAACUCCCUAAAGUAUUUUAAUAUUCCCUAUCUCAUGAGGUAGUCCUUUGGGCUGAACUAAUUCAAGUAUGUCAUUAAACUACAUUGUGGCAAGCUA